GAAUUAAUGACGAAAAUGAUUCAGGUACUUAUAAACUUUCCAUGUCAAGAUAGAUUAAAGAAACUAAACUUGCAUUCCUUAGAAAGACGAAGAGUGCGAGGAGAUAUGAUAGAAAUAUUUAAGUGGGUGAAAGGAAUCAAUAAAGGGGAUGUAGAUUGUUACCACAAGCAGCAAACACCUUAAGAGUCAACACCUACCCUGGCUUCUCUCCAGACUUUCAACACGUGGAGGACUCAUCGGUGGACCCAGAAUGGACUCUCCUCACCUACCUCAGGACCAAACUGCGGCUGUGUGGGACGAAGCUAGGGUGCGGCGAGGGCGGGUGUGGUGCCUGUACCGUCAUGCUCUCCAGUUAUGAUCGAGCCCAUGAGAAAGUGGUGCACUACUCAGUUAACGCGUGCCUCGCCCCUGUGGUGGCAAUGCAUGGUCUUGCUGUCACCACCGUGGAGGGCAUCGGCUCCACCACCACGGGCCUCCACGCCGUGCAGGAACGCCUCGCACGGUCCCAUGGCUCCCAGUGUGGCUUCUGUACCCCUGGUAUAGUUAUGUCCAUGUACACACUCCUGAGGAACAACCCCAAGCCCUCCAUGGCCGACCUUGAUGAGUACUUCACAGGGAACUUGUGUCGGUGUACGGGCUACCGACCCAUCCUGGAGGGAUUCCGAAGUCUCACCUCAGAGGCAACAGGUGGCUGUGGUAAAGUCAACUGCUGCAGGAACAGUGGCCAAAUCUCCCCUGAAGCAAACACCUAUGACAGUGGACCAGUGGACAACACCUCCUGUAAUACUAAUGAAGUUACUGGUAUCGCCAACGACCUCAACGGAGAAACAGACGUGUGUGAUGUAUUAUGUGACCCCAGUCAGUUCAAACCUUAUGACCCCAGCCAGGAUAUCAUCUUCCCUCCCGAGCUGAAGAUACGGAAUGACUUGGACAACCAAUACCUGGAGUUAAGGGGUCCACGGGUCACCUUCUACAGGCCAACAUCCCUUAGUCAACUCCUCCAUCUGAAGACUCUCCACCCAGCAGCCAAGAUCAUUGUUGGCAACACAGAAGUCGGUGUGGAGGUCAAGUUCAAGAAUCAGGUGUACCCAGUGCUCAUCAACCCCACCAACAUUGACAGACUCACCUCCAUCCAGCUUGAAGAGUCGGGGGUUGUGUUUGGUGCCUCCGUGACCCUCACCACCAUAGAGGACACUCUUCGAGACCAGGUCAACACCCAGCCAGAGCACCGGACACGGGUCUUCUCUGCUGUACUGGAGAUGUUAAGAUGGUUCGCUGGGAAACAGAUUAGGAAUGCUGCGGCUAUUGGUGGAAACAUCAUGACUGGCUCUCCCAUCAGCGACCUCAACCCUCUGCUCAUGGCUGCUGGGGCUACACUAACUCUGGGCAGCCAAGGUGGAGGUGAGCGGCAGGUGGUGAUGGACCAACAUUUCUUCACUGGAUACCGACGCAACAUUGUCAAGCCCGAGGAGGUGUUGCUGUCGGUCCACAUCCCCUACACCCAGCAGGAUGAAUACUUCUUGGGGUAUAAGCAGGCAAGACGUCGGGAUGAUGACAUAGCCAUUGUUAAUGCUGGCUUCAGAGUUAGGGUACGACCAGGCUCAGGUGAGGUGACUCGGCUGGAUAUGGCAUUUGGUGGCAUGGCUCCCACCACUGUGAUGGCCCUCAAUACCAUGAAGGAGCUGGUGGGCCGGUUGUGGGAUGCAUCACUCCUGGAGGCUGCCACCUCACUCCUGCUCCAAGACCUACCACUCUCUCCCUCAGCCCCAGGUGGAAUGGUGGAGUACCGACGCGCUCUCACUCUCAGUUUUUUCUUUAAAUUUUACUUGAGUGUGAGAGGGUGGCUGAGUGAGCGGCUGCCACAGCAGGUGGCGCCGCUGACGAAGGAAGAAGAACUGGCCACCCAGAUCCACCGCCACACUGCACCCUCAAGCACACAACUCUUCCAGAAGGUUCCUCCAGGACAAAGCCCUGUGGAUCCCAUAGGGCGGCCCAUAACACAUACCUCCGCUCUGAAGCAGGCUACCGGGGAAGCAGUGUAUGUGGAUGACAUGCCCACCUUCUCUAACGAGCUUUAUGCUGCCAUGGUCCUCUCUACUCGUCCUCAUGCCAAAAUCCUCAACAUUGAUGAGUCUGAAGCUCUUAAAGUGGAGGGCGUAGAGAGAAUCUUCUGUGCCCGGGACCUCCCAGGGGAGAGGAACAUAACUGGCUCUGUGGUCCCGGACGAGGAAGUGUUUGCGUCAGAGAAGGUGACGUGUGUGGGGCAGCUUGUGGGACUGGUGGUAGCCAAGGAUCGGGCCACUGCACAAAGGGCAUCCAAGCUGGUCAAGAUACACUACCAAGAUAUUGAGCCAGUCAUCAUCACCAUUCAGGAUGCCAUCCAUGAGAAGUCAUGGUGGGAGCCGUGCACAAUAUGCAAUGGUGAUACAGAGGCGGCAUUCAGUACCUCAGAUCACAUCCUGGAAGGUGAGAUGCAUUUGGGAGGGCAGGAGCAUUUCUACCUGGAGACCAAUGCUCACCUUGCUGUACCUAAAUGUGAAGAUGGGGAGCUUGAGCUAUUUUCAUCCUCUCAGAACCCCACUAAAACACAGGAACUGGUUGCCAAGGCCCUGAAUGUUCCAAAUAACAGGAUAGUUUGUCGGGUGAAAAGAAUGGGUGGAGGAUUUGGUGGCAAGGAGACACGAACAAGUGUUGUGUCUGUCCCCAUCAGUGUGGCUGCUGCUGCGUUGGGUCGUCCGGUACGUAUCAUGCUGGACCGGGACGAGGACAUGGUUAUCACAGGCGGCCGACACCCAUUCUUGUGCCGUUGGAAAGUUGGCUUCACCACCCAGGGGAAGUUCCGUGCUUUGGAGGUGGACAUCUACAACAAUGCUGGCUGCUCCCUUGAUCUCUCAGUUUCAGUUCUUCACAGGGCCAUGUUCACCCUCGAUAAUGCCUACAAGUGGGGGGUGGUGAGGGUGACAGGGUACGCAUGCAAGACCAACCUCCCCUCCAACACUGCCUUCAGGGGCUUUGGUGGUCCCCAGGGUAUGAUGUUUACUGAAGACAUUGUGUCAAGAAUUGCUGCCUUCCUCAAUCUCGACUACGUCCAGGUCGCUGAACAGAACUUGUAUGAGAGUGGUGAUGUGACACACUUCAACCAGGUGAUGGAAAACUGCACUGUCCGCCGCUGUUGGGAGGAAGUCCUCACACAGUCCAAGUACCACCCCCGUACUGCUGCUGUCCACCAGUUUAACAAAGAGAACAGAUAUAAAAAGCGAGGGAUAUCAUUAGUACCAGUAAAAUUUGGGAUUUCCUUCACUGCCACAUUCCUGAACCAGGCCGGGGCUCUAGUGUGUGUCUACAUUGAUGGCUCAGUGCUUCUGUCUCAUGGAGGUACCGAGAUGGGCCAGGGACUCCACACCAAGAUGAUACAGGUGGCAUCAAGGGUACUGAAGAUCCCGACUGAACAGAUCUACAUAGCCGAGACAUCCACAGACAAGGUCCCCAACACAUCCCCCUCUGCUGCCUCUGCCUCAUCUGACCUCAAUGGCAUGGCUGUGUUGGAUGCCUGCACAAAGAUCAUGGAGCGGUUGCAGCCUUACAUAGAAAAAAAUCCUAAAGGGACUUGGAAGGAAUGGAUCAAGGGAGCUUACUUUGAUCGUGUAUCUCUCUCUGCCACAGGCUUCUACAAGACUCCUAAUAUCUCAGGCUACAACUUUGAGAGAAAUGAAGGUCGACCAUUUAACUACUUUUCAUAUGGAGCAGCAGUGACGGAGGUGGAGGUGGACUGCCUGACGGGCGAUCACUCGGUGCUGCGGACGGACAUUGUGAUGGACGUUGGGGACUCUCUCAACCCAGCCAUAGACAUAGGACAGAUUGAGGGAGCCUUCACACAGGGUCUUGGUCUCUACACCAUGGAGGAGCUGUGUUACUCCCCAGAAGGUGUUCUCCUGACCCGGGGUCCUGGAACCUACAAAAUACCUGGGUUCCAAGACAUACCAAAGGAAUUUAAUGUUUCCCUUCUGCGAGGAGCACCUAACCCGAAGGCAGUAUUUUCAUCCAAGGCUGUUGGAGAGCCGCCUCUCUUGUUGGCUGCUUCAGUGUUCUAUGCUAUCAAACAGGCAGUGGGAGCAGCUCGGGCAGAUCAAGGUCUUCAUCCUGUCUUCCAACUGGACGCUCCUGCCACAAGUGCUCGAAUUCGUAUGGCCUGCCAGGAUUUCCUUACUAAGAAGAUUGAGUCAGCAACUCCUGGAACCUUCAAGCCUUGGUCAGUGAUAGUGUAGGAGGAGACCCCAAGAGGAGGAGCUGGUUGUUGAAGAGAAGCUCAAAUGUACUGUUCUGUAUAUUACAGAUCUCAAGUUGUAAAUGGCUCAAAUACUACUAUAAGUCGAUCUCAUCUUGUGCAGGCAGUAUGUCAUCUCUUCAUGGUAAUCAAAGAUGUGAGACAGAUCAAAAUGACUGUGAGAUCUCUUUUCUGUGUUGUUAUUUUUUCUCUGGAUACAGUAAAUCAAGCAGUGAAGUUUAGAAAAAUGGUUGAAUCUCAUGGCUUAGAUUUUCAGUGAGGGACAGUAUUUGCAGUACUGUACACCCUAUUACCUGUCACAUGUUACCAACCUUUACCUACUCUGUACAUAAUCUAAUAUGAAUAGUUACCUUCUAUGUACAGCAUUAGUUCCCCUGAUUCUAUUUUCUUCAUUUCAAAAGUGAUAUGCCAGUUGCUCUUCAUUCUUCCAUACAAAUAUUUACAGACCUGGAUGUAUACAUAUCACGCUGUGACGGUCACGGGCAGAAAUGGUAAAUGUUGGAAAAAUUACCACAAACUGGACGGCUAAAUUUUUUUUUUUUUUUAAGAUAGACGAUAUAAAACAACAAUACAAAAUACACGUAUAACAUAAUUAAAAGCUGAUUUAGGAUUUCAGUAUUGGAUUAGUUUUAAUUAGGAUAACAUUUGUUUAUGUCUUACGAAGAAAAACAAAUGAUUUGGUAAUAAUGUUCGUAAUCCCAUUUAACAUUGUAUGUCUCAUUAAGUUCACCUGUGCUUCAGCCAUUCAAAAACACCGAAUCAACUGCAAUUCGGUAACGUUCUGCUGCAUGACCUUAACAAACAGUUAAACCACUAUACAUUGUAGUCGCAUGAUCAGGCCAAAUUUGUUUACUUGCAACCCAUUCCUUUAAAUUUACUCUUGUCUUUGAGAGAAUUAAAGAACUCAAUUACAACACACUGAAACACAUCCAAAUAAGGCCCACGUCUCUCUCUCUCACAGUGGUAUGUUGUGGAUCAGUUCAGAGUAAUGACAUCCUGGCCAGAAUCAUAACACAAGGCUGUAACAAAAGAUUAAUGUCCCAAUAAGACAUCAAACAACAACUGGGAAUUUUUUUUAUCUAGCAACAUUUACUAACAUGAAUUAGGAGCCAAAAUUAAUAUUUGGGUAAUUAUUCGGAUAAUGACCGUCAGCUGCUUUUCAUUGAGAAUGGGUUAAAGAAUACCCAGUUUUCACCGAUUUUAUUAGGGGAUACUGUACUGUAUUAUGUUGGGAUAAAAUAUAAAAAUGGC